CCCGCCGCCGCCACCGCGGCUCCCGCCUCGGCCCGUCCCUGCCGCCGUCUCCGCCGCGUCGGCCACCGUCGACAUUGGCUCUCAGGUUUACUCAAGAUAAUAAGGCUAGCAUGUCAGAUGAAGAUGGAAGUGAGGCCUCCCGACAUGUUUUACGUGUUAUUGACUCGUUGAAGAAGAAAGUUACAGCCGAUCGUUUUACUUACAUUAAGAAUAAGAUAGAGGGAAACAAGAUAAAGCUCAGUCCCGUUACACAAAGCACUAGCAAUUCUUCAAAAAUCUGGCAAAGAAAUACAUCAAAUAGCACUGACUCGAAUCUGCUGACAAGUAGGCAAGACGAUGUACUCUCUUCUGGGCCUCGUAUUGUACUAUCCCCCGCUGAUGAAGACGGUGUCAGUUCUGAUGAAGAAAGCUCCUAUGCCACGUCAACUGUUAUGUUGGGUGGAAAUCUAGCUGCAAAGAAUGUCACUAGGCCAAUUAAACUCCAAGAAGCGCAAAAAAUUCCGCCUUAUACAACAUGGACAUUUUUGGACAGGAACCAGAGGAUGACAGAAGACCAGUCUGUACUUGGUCGACGAAGGAUUUACUAUGAUGCAAGUUGUGGUGAAGCUUUAAUUUGCAGUGAUAGUGAGGAUGAAGCUGUUGAGGAUGAAGAGGAGAAAAAGGAGUUCAAAGUUUCUGAAGACUGUCUAAUUCGGAUGACAAUUCAAGAAUGUGGCAUGUCUGAUGCAGUGCUGGAAACCCUAGCUCGAUGUUUUGAUAGGGUAGCUGGUGACAUAAAGGCCAGAUAUGAGAUCCUAAAUGGGGGCAAAACCGAGGGUUCUCUUAAAAAGGUUUCUGAACUUAAUGCCAAAGUGGAAGAUCUCUACCGUGAUAAAGAUUUAGAUGCAGCAUUGGAUUCCUUUGACAAUCUCUUUUGUCGCCGAUGUCUAGUUUUUGAUUGCAAACUACAUGGGUGUUCUCAAGAUUUAGUAUUUCCUACAGAAAAGCAACCACCUUGGAACAGCAUGGAUGAUGGUAUACCAUGUGGUAUUCAUUGUUAUAAACUGGCUCCUAAACCAGAUGCUACUACCACAGUUGAUUCUGACAUGCUUGACAUAGAGGAGCCAACUCACUCAUCUGAUAAUACAAGGAACCAGUUAAGCUCAAAUAAGAAAAAACAGGGUUCUAGUGGUAAGAAAGCGAAAUCCCAACAAAGUGAAGGCUCUUCAAUCCAAAGGGUUGCCUCAGAAAGCAGUGACUCAGAAGGACAUCCAACGAGUACUAAAUCUCCACAACAAUCAUCUUGUCAAUCCAAAGUCAAAAUUAGCCCAAAAGGUGGAAUCAGGAAAAGUACUAAUAGAAGAAUCGCCGAGCGGAUUCUUAUGAGUGUUAAAAAAGGACAAAGAGAAGUGGCACCAUCAGAUUCUAAUUCUGGUGGAUGUCUCUGGCCAAGGGAUAUGAAGCUUAGAUCCGAUACACGAAAUGGACACAAGGAUUCAGUUGCAUCCCCACAACAGAAUUCUCCAAGUACAAGAAGUUCUCGGAAGAAGGAUGUGCCUCAAAUGGAGAAUAAUUUAGCUUCAGGGGAAGAUCGUAAUGAUGCAACAGAGGAAACCAAGAACGAACAUUCAGCAAUAGAUGGCCAUGAUAGUUCGAUGAUAGAAGAUGUUGAGGAGAAUAUAUGCAGACAAGAAAAUAAAUGUAGAUCCUGGAAGGUGAUUGAGCAAGGGCUUCUAGUGAAAGGUUUGGAGAUUUUUGGAAGGAACAGUUGUUUAAUUGCUCGGAACCUUCUCUGUGGAAUGAAAACAUGUAGCGAUGUUUUUCAGUAUAUGAGUUAUAUUGAAAAUAGUAGCGCAUCCGGAAAUCUUAGCAGGGGUGAUUCUCUCGUCAAAGGAUAUAUAAAGGGACAUGAGUUGCGUGUAAGAUCACGGUUUAUUAGAAGACGGGGUAGAGUUCGUCGUUUGAAGUACACCUGGAAAUCUGCAGGUUACCAUUUUAUAAGGAAAAGGAUUACAGAAAGGAAAGAUCAGCCUUGUCGGCAAUAUAAUCCAUGUGGUUGUCAAUCAUCAUGUGGGAAACAGUGUCCAUGUCUCGUAAAUGGGACGUGCUGUGAGAAAUACUGUGGGUGUCCGAAAAUGUGCAAGAAUCGUUUUCGAGGUUGUCAUUGUGCAAAGAGCCAGUGUCGCAGUCGCCAAUGUCCAUGCUUUGCUGCUGACAGGGAAUGUGAUCCUGAUGUGUGCAGAAACUGCUGGGUAGGGUGUGGUGAUGGUUCACUGGGAGUUCCCAACCAAAGGGGCGAUAAUUAUGAAUGCCGGAACAUGAAGCUACUUCUUAAACAACAACAAAGGGUCUUACUUGGGAAAUCUGAUGUUUCUGGCUGGGGAGCAUUUCUCAAGGUAAGAUUGCUCCUUCCAUCUUAUCCAUCGCUCUUCCCUCUAACUCAUCUUAUUUAUCUUUUCCACAAUCUUCAGAAUACUGUUAGCAAGCAUGAGUAUCUUGGCGAGUACACUGGGGAGCUUAUUUCUCACAAGGAAGCAGAUAAGCGUGGAAAGAUAUAUGACCGCGAGAACUCGUCCUUCCUUUUCAACCUGAAUAAUGAGUUUGUUCUGGAUGCCUUCAGAAUGGGCGACAAGCUGAAGUUUGCCAACCACUCCCCCGACCCGAAUUGCUAUGCCAAGGUUAUCAUGGUGGCAGGCGAUCAUAGGGUAGGCAUCUUUGCCAAAGAGCGGAUCGGUUCAGGCGAGGAGAUCUUCUAUGAUUACCGCUAUGAGCCUGACCGAGCCCCCGUGUGGGCUCGAAAGCCCGAUGCUCCUGGAGCGAAAGACCCCGGGCAGCCAUCCAGCGGGCGGGCCAAGAAGCUCGCCCACUGAAGAGACAUCCGUCAUUGGUUGAUUCUUUUGUUCAGCGCCAGAAUCUGGUAGUCGUUAGCAUGCUGUUGUACCUUAACCUGGCGUUCAUUCCUUGGCCCAUGACUGUUGUUGUUGUAGUGUCAGAAGUUCAGAACCCCAUUUGUAUCGGAACCUGUGGACGAACAUGAACGGUUUUUUAACCGCUAUGGUUGCUUCAUGCCCAAUGCAGCUGGGGUGCCUUUGGUGGUGUGUUUGCCCUCUCCAAAGUUCUUGUA